UGGCUCUGUCCAUGGUGCUGAAGCCGCUCCCCAGGAAUGGUGGAGACUCUGAGCAUCGCGGUGAUUGGGGCUCCGGGUGUGGGCAAGACCUCCAUCAUCAGACAGUUCAUCUUCCACGACUUCUGCGAGAUGUACACGCCCACGCGGAGCCGCUACGUGUACCGGCCUGCAGUCAUCCUCAAUGGGAGCAUGUACGAGCUCAAGGUGCUGGAUGUGCCCCCCAUCACUGCCUUCCCCGCUAGCUCUAGCCAGGAGUGGUUGGAUCUGCGUUGUCGGGGAGUCCGCAACGCCAAUGCCUACAUCCUGGUUUAUGACAUCUGCUGUGUGGAAAGCUUCGAGUAUGUCAAGAUGAUCCGCCAGCAGAUCGUGGAUAACAGGGAGGGCAGCAGCAGUGAGGUGCCCAUCCUAGUGGUGGGGAACAAGCGUGACCUGCAGCGUCAGCGCUUCAUGCCCCGUCGUGCCGUCUCUGUCCUGGUCAAGAAGACGUGGAAGUGCGGCUACGUGGAGUGCUCGGCUAAGUUCAACUGGCACGUGGUCCUGCUCUUCAAGGAGCUGCUGGGCAUUGCUGUGGCCCGGGGCGUGCGACAGAACCACACCUCGAUUAGACUGCAGGGAGCUCUGCAGAGAAACCGCUGCACUAUUAUGUGACCCCAAGAGGCACCCGUACAACCUCUGACCUCAGGCACCAAGGAGACAAGACUGUGCACUGCAAAAUGUGAAGUUUGCCCGAUGAUAAAAAUGACUUGGGUUCGGGAUGCUGUUUUUGAGUAGGUGUUUUAUUUUUUAGAUUAUUUUGGCCUAUAGGAUCCAUUGCAUGAGAUGUAUUUGUGAAAUGGGGGUGAAGAGUGGGAAGAGACAUUCACCAAAUGUUUCAGAAGAUAGAACUCCCUAAAUCCUCAAAUUAGCUUUAUGUGAACAAAAUAGUUCAAUGGAAUGGCAAUUUACAUUGAAAAAGGAAAUGUUGACCCUAUGACACCUUUUUGUAAUACAUUUUUUAUGCUGACAAUAAUCAUUUAAAUUUGAAUAUGAUCUACCUAAUACAUAUUUUAUAUUUAACAUGAAAUAUUGUUUAUCAAAAAAGAUUAGAUAAUUUGCCUGAGAUCCAUAAUCCAUAGUCCAAUACUCCACAAAGAUGUGAGUCUGGGCACCUGUCUGAGCUUCCCCAUUUUCAGAUAGGCAUGAUUCACAAUUGGAUUAGCCAUUCAAGGACACAUAUGGUCCAUCUGUACC